CUGUGAGGGGUGGGGUCCGGCUACACUGACACCACCAAACAUAAGCUCACAGAGGGACACAGAGAGGAGAGAGGAAAAAAAAAAAAAAGAGAGACAGAAAAAAAAAGAGAGAGAAGAGGGGGGAAGAUUGCACCUGAAGAGGAAUAUAAUACGGGAUGAAAGGAGACACCCCAGUGAACAGCACCAUGAGUGUCGGCCAAGCCAGGAAGCUGGUGGAACAACUGAAGAUCGAAGCUAGUUUCUGCAGGAUAAAGGUAUCGAAGGCAGCGGCCGACCUGAUGGCGUACUGCGACGCACACGCCUGCGACGACCCCCUGAUCACCCCCGUGCCCACCUCAGAGAACCCGUUCAGGGAGAAGAAAUUCUUCUGCGCUCUGCUUUGAGACAAAUCAGGGAUUGUUGUGAUUAAAAAGUACAACUGUACAGUAUGUACAUGUAUGUACAGUGUGUACAUGUACUUCCGAUCUAAGUAAGACAUUAAUGUACUAUAGUAACCUUGCAUAAAAGCUGCCGAUGUACAGUACAUAGUCAACAACAACAAAAUGUCUCGAACUAAAUUCUGAAACAUCUGUCUCAAUGUUAGAGGGGAAGAAGAACUAUUGGCGACAAAACUAAAAACAUUCAAUGGAUAAAGAGUCAGAAAUAUCACAAUCAAGUUCCGAAAUAGCAAGGGGAGAAAAAAAACAAACAACAGCUUUCAUUUGAUUGAAAACAUACAUCUCAUGCUCUAAUGUAUUACAGGUAACUGCCAAAAAAGAAACACGCUGAUCAUCAAGUGUCUUAACGAGGUGUUACUCCAACAGUCACGGGAACAGAUUCAUGUGGAUUCUGCAGCGUUUGACACUUUUCACUGGGACGCUUAAAUUCCCACAUUAGGUCUGUGGAUUACGGUGGUGCUACAUGUCUCAGAUGCUGCUCGGAUAGGAUAUAUAAUAAUACGUCCAACACAUUAAAGAUCUGAUCCAACUGAAACGAACCUAAUCCAGGUGAUCAAUUAUCCCCAUAACUGACAGAAACAGAAAUGCUCCACUUCACACCGAAUGUUUUUUUCUUUUUCCAUCCAGA